ACUCCAUACUUGCUUCGUCUCUUGAGAAGACCACGGCUGAGUUUCCUAGCACAGCCCCCGGAGAUUUUUCUUUCCUGAGCCAACAUUAGUCAAAAAGGACAGAAGGCAAAGGGGAGGUGGGGAGGAAGCUGAAAGUGAGCCAAGCUGUUGCUGGCAACCCUUGUCUCAGUGCUAAACCUACUGCUUUUAGAGAGACCAGGCAGGGGAGGGACUUUGUUUUGUUGAGAGGAGAAGGAGAAAAGAAACUUGAAACUGGCUUCCCUUGUGGCAUGUCUGUGUCCUGAACAUCCCCUCCUCACCCUGCUGUUUGUUAAAUGAAAGCACGUGAAGAACAUGAGGUUGCCUGCUUGAGAGGGAGGGCAGUACUGGACUGGGUGAGGAAGGAGGAAGGCAAGUUGUGGUUUUGUGGUGUGGUUUACACCGAGAUCAGAGCUAGUGUGCCUGGGGGUGGGAGCAGAAACAGAAAGGGCAUCUGAUGCCAGCUGCCAAUAUGACAGAAACCCUGCAGCUCCCAGCACUGCAAGUCCCAGAGCAGCAGGUGGUGGAAGGUGGCCGUGCCUGGUCCAGUUCGUCCACCCCAACCCUGCGCAGGAAGCGCUUCAAGAUGAGGCGGAUGAAGAAAGUGCAGGAGCAGAGCCUGGAGGCCAGCAGGUAUCAGGAUUCUCCUUCCUCCAGCAAGGAAUACCUGCAGCUCCCAUCCAUUGAAAUCACCCCUUCCAGUGAUGAGGACACUCCCUGGUCCAACUGCUCCACACCCAGUGCCUCCCCGCGGCGCAAGCGCUUCCUCCUUCGGAAGUGGCUGCGUGUGAGAGAGAAGAAGGAAUACAGUGAGAGCAGCAGCCAGCAGAGCAGCCAGCAAAGCAGCCACGAUGACGAAUCAUCCCGGUUCUUGAGCCCUCAUAUGUGUGAGGACAGUACUGCCAGUAACUCAAACCGCAGCACGCCUGCCUGCUCCCCAAUCCUGCGCAAACGCUCCCGGUCCCCGACACCGCAGGACUCCCAAGGAGACGCCAUGGUGGAAAAAGGCUCAGACCACUCGUCAGACAAAUCCCCUUCCACGCCGGAGCAGGGUGUACAGCGUAGCUGUUCCUCUCAGUCAGGCCGCAGCGGGGCCAAGAACUCCAAGUCACACAAGCGCCUCUCCAAAUAUGACAGACUUAACCUGCUCAAAAAAAGCCAGAGUUGGUAUAAUCAUGAGAGACAGUACAUCCGGAGAGUGUUGAGUCCAACAUACAAACAGCGGAAUGAAGAUUUCAGGAAACUCUUCAAACAGCUUCCUGACACGGAGCGCCUCAUCGUAGAUUACUCAUGUGCGCUACAAAGAGACAUUCUCCUGCAGGGCCGCCUCUACCUCUCUGAAAACUGGAUUUGCUUUUACAGCAACAUCUUCCGUUGGGAGACACUGCUGACAGUUCGCUUGAAGGAUAUCUGCUCGAUGACCAAGGAAAAAACAGCACGGCUCAUUCCUAAUGCCAUCCAAGUUUGCACUGACACUGAAAAGCACUUUUUUACUUCCUUUGGGGCUCGAGACAGGACGUACAUGAUGAUGUUCAGACUCUGGCAGAAUGCUCUCCUUGACAAGCCUCUCUGUCCAAAGGAGCUCUGGCACUUUGUCCACCAGUGUUAUGGGAAUGAGCUGGGUCUGACCAGUGAUGAUGAAGACUACGUGCCUCCCGAUGAUGACUUCAACACAAUGGGCUACUGUGAAGAAAUCCCCGUGGAAGAGAAUGAAGUCAACGACAGCUCCUCAAAAAGCAGCAUGGAGGCCAAGCCAGAAGCUAGCCCUCAGCUGCCAAAGAAAUCUGUCACUGCCAGCACAUUGACAUCUACGGGAAGCAGUGAAGCGCCAGCCUCGUUUGAUGGAGUGCUACCAGAAGAGGAGGAGGCAGUGGCGGAGAGUCCUGUGGAAAAAGACCUUGGCAUUGCAAAUAUCAUGGGAGAGAAGAUAGAGAUCAUCGGCCCUGUGAACUCCCCUUCCCUAGACUUCAAUGACAACGAAGACAUUCCCACUGAGCUCAGUGACUCGUCAGAGACCCAUGAUGAAGGGGAAGUCCAAGCCUUUUACGAGGAUCUGAAUGGCCGUCAGUAUGUGAAUGAAGUGUUCAACUUCAGCGUGGACAAACUGUACGACUUGCUUUUCACGGACUCCCAGUUCCAGAGGGACUUCAUGGAACAGCGCCGGUUCUCUGAUAUUAUCUUUCAUCCCUGGAAGAAGGAAGAAAAUGGCAAUCAGACCAGAGUGAUCUUGUAUACCAUUACCCUCACCAACCCUCUGGCCCCCAAAACUGCCACUGUCACUGAGACGCAGACAAUGUACAAAGCCAGCCAAGAAAGCGAGUGCUAUGUCAUAGAUGCAGAGGUGCUAACUCACGACGUCCCCUACCAUGAUUAUUUCUACACCAUUAACCGCUACACGUUGACUCGUGUUGCCAGAAACAAAAGCCGACUCAGGGUUUCCACAGAGUUACGUUACAGGAAACAGCCUUGGGGGCUGGUGAAAUCCUUCAUUGAGAAGAAUUUUUGGAGCGGCCUAGAAGAUUAUUUCCGUCAUUUGGAGAGUGAACUGACCAAAACUGAGAGCACAUACCUGGCUGAGGUCCACAGACAAUCCCCCAAAGAGAAAGUGAGCAAGCAAUCGACUGUGCGCCGGAGGAAACGGGUGCAUGCCCAUCUGCGGGUGCCACACUUGGAGGAGGUGCUGAGUCCCGUCACCACCCCCACGGAUGAGGAGGUUGCACAUCGAAUCAAGCAUGUGGCAGGUUCCACUCAGACACGGCACAUCCCGGAGGACAGCUCCAGUGGCUUCCACCUGCAGAGUGUCUCCAAGCUGCUCCUUGUCAUCAGUUUUGUUCUUGUGCUGCUGGUCAUUCUCAAUAUGAUGCUGUUCUACAAACUCUGGAUGUUGGAAUAUACUACGCAGACGCUCACGGCAUGGCAGGGCUUGCGGCUACAGGAAAGGUUACCCCAAUCUCAGACAGAGUGGGCCCAGUUACUAGAAUCUCAGCAGAAGUAUCAUGACUCAGAGCUACAAAAAUGGCGUGAGAUCAUCAAAUCCUCGGUGAUGCUUCUAGACCAGAUGAAGGAUUCACUAAUAAAUCUUCAGAAUGGCAUCGGGUCCCGGGACUUCGGGUCAGAUCCAGAGGAGAAACGGAAACGUUUCCACUAACAGGCAGGAAUGCAGGAGGCCAGAGGACCGUGUGCAAUAUGUGAGGAUUUUUCCACCUUCUGAAUGGCAGGAUGGAGUCAGCUGCAUAUUCCCUGUAAGCAAGCGGUGCAGUUCUUGCUCAUCCGUUGUCUCUGGCUCCAAUGGGUGCUGAAAGAGCAGGGGACAUAAGGGUGAGUAACUGGUCUUUGUAUCUCUGUACCAGAAAUGUUCAUCUGCACAGCUGGGUGACAAAGUGGAGUCUAAGGAAAAACCUCACAAGCUCCCACUCAUGCAUUCUAAUUAGGGAAAGGUAAUGUAUGUAGAAGUAACCCGCUGAUAUCUUCCAACCUACCUACAAUUUUCAUGACCAAGUGCUAAACACAACAUGUCCCGAGGAAGAAGACUCACAUUUGAAGGAGCGUAGAUGAAGACGGGUUUUCAAAAAGACAUUUAAGAGUGUGAAAGCAAGGUACAAUUGGGAAAAACAUGCCUCAGCAACUACAGAAUAAUGUGUAUUUAUGACUAUUUAUUUAAUUUAAUGCUGCUGACUACUGUACUGCUCCCUGACUUUUUUCCAGGGAGGCUGCUGAAACGGCUACUGUACAAUGAAACUGAGGUGCUAGUGCCUGGGAAGCGCAUUCUGUGGCUCUGUGGCCCCGACUCCCUGCUGUGACUGGCCACACUGGCCAAGAGUCCCAUUUCCCCAUCAGUCACUCCCACAAUUACUAAGCACAGAAAAAUACCCUGCUGCCCAUCUCCCCCCCUUCUAGAAUUUCAUUCCAAGCACCAAGAAAGAAGACAGAGAGGAAGCCCUGUGAUUGCCACUUUGCCCAUGCCAGAAAAGAAAAAGGCCGCAUCUUGAGAAACUUGGAACGUGGGGUCUCUGCCACCUGGCUGUGAGGGUUUUUGUACACAAACGGACAUAACCCAUUGAGAGGCAGAGAAACCCACGUGACUGGAAAUAAAUGCUAGUGAUCAAAGUUGGUUUCUUACCAAUUUCACAUUCUCUUGCUAGUGAUGGAGGCAAGAAAUCCAUUUGCUCAUCCGUGCAUCCUUCCUCCUCUGCAGCAUUCUUCCAGACUGCCAUCGUGUUAGGUUCUGGAUGUUCCUGCUGACACUGCCUCCUCUGGCUAGAGACAGAAUUGCACAAGCUCUGUUAAAUUAACGCAAGGCCACGCAGAGGCAGCUAUAACAAUCUCAAGCACUAAUACUCAUUCUGCCCACCCAUUACUUUAAGCCGGGUUUGACAUGGAUCCUAUGCAAUGCAAUCCUAUCUUAUUGCUAUGCAAUCGUGCAUUCGUAAAGUAGAUACCAAACAUAUCUAGUGCAGCACCUGCGCGUAAAGUCUACAAAGGACCAAAAGGCACAAGUUAUUCCAGGGGGUAAGAUCAGAAGCAUGUGCCCAAGAUAGUGGCAUUGCUGGGUCUGCACGUUCCACUUGAAAGAGAGAAAGGUACCUGCAAUGGUAAGAAUAGGAGUUAGCUAUGAGUUAACUGGAUAACCAUGCUUUUUGGGUGCUUGACAAUUAACCGAAAUCCAAGACACACUUCAGUCAGAAAACAUUAACUGGUAUGAACUGAAACUAACAACUUCUGCAUAAAUCCUUUCUGGCUCCCUUAAGUCCUUUGGGAGAAGAGAAAAAAGGUCACAUAACUUUGAUCUUCCCUACCAUAGCUCAGUUAUGCUGCUGACAUAGAGUAUGCAUUUACACACAGCUUAUAGACUGCUGUACCAGUCCGGGGCAGCAGUCUGCCAUUUGACCACCUGAUCCCACUUGUCUGCUUUAGAUCUAAUAAAGGGAAACCUAAGAGAUAUGUAGCAUGCCUUUAUUGUAAAUAUAAACCUGUAUUGAAAGAGGCAGGGUUUCAAAGCACAAUGCUUUGCUGGAUUUAAAGCCCCGGCGCAAAACCACCUGUGAAGUAAUGAUGCCUGUGUUGCCAUAUCCCCUCUCAGAAAGCCCAGCAUGCUUAAUCUGUGUUCUUAUCAGACAGACCCCAUUAGUUUCAGAAGCUCACCUGGAUGUAGAUGGGGACAGACUUUUUAGCCUGCUUGUCUCCUCAGCACUAAACCGUGUAGCCUACAUAGAUGCUUUUUUCCUACCUUUAUACAAGAAGGUAGAAAUUUGUUUUCCAAAUAGUAGCUGGAGACACUUUUGGUCUGGGUACUUGAAACGAGACCUUUUGAAUAUGUGCUACAGUCAUUUCUGUGCAGAUACAAAGGCGAUGGGAAGGCGCCUGCGAUACACCAAGGCUGAGUGAAAGACACACUUGCAAACCUCACGCUUUGGCUUUCCACGUCAGAAGUGCUAACCAGAAGGAUGUGUGUACAUGCAGGUUUUGGUGAAUACAGUGCUUGUAUGGUCAUGUGGCCUUAAUACCUCUCCCUUUCCUGGCAGCUUUGCCUUUCAUCAUCUUUGAGCAAUCCCAGGGCACCUAAAUAGAGGCAACAGAGGGCAGCCUGCAACUUUCACACCAUCCAGCACUAGGACAGAGUUGUGGAGAUAGUCUCCAACCCUAAAAAGACCAGCACUGCUUGUGCAGAAUGAGCUGCAAAACAGAGGUUAGUGGCAGACGAUUUGGGGGAGUGAAUGGCUCCUGGCUAGUUAGAUGGGUCUUUCUGUGCUACUAGGAGUGGGAAGACAUUUAGGACUCCUCUUUCCUCUUGGGUUUAUUUACAUGAGCACAGUUAGCAUAAAGCCAGCAUGGGAGUUAAUGUCUAUGAAAAAACCACCUGUGAAAGGUAGUACCCAGGUGUACCCUGUCUCUAGCCUAGUGCAGUGAUCUAAGAAGAGGCUCUGUCCACAGUGGGGCUCAGUCAUAGUAUGUGGCAAACAUGUAUGGGUACUCCUCUGCCAUCAGUGCGGAGAUGCUGCGCUCCCAAGAGGACUUCUGCACAGAAUGUCCUUACAGUGUGUCUGUGAUGCGUACUAACCAGCCAUUUUAACCAGGUAGCUCUCUGUCAGUCAGCAUCUGCUUUUCCCGACGAGGAUAGAAGCGAUCCACUUCCUAAUUUAGAGGUGGGACUUUCUGGUUCACAGUCUGCGGAAAAGCACAGUUAGUAACAAAUGCUUCAGAGCAACGGUGCCUAGCUCAGGGGAGGCAGUUCUGUCAUGUUUGUCAAGGCAGCUGCUGCCCUCCUGCAGCUCUUGCCAGACCAGUGGCUUUCUGUGCUACCUGCUGAACUUCAAAGUGAUCUUUCCAGCAGGAUCUCUGCCAGGCUUGCUGCCACCGAUACAUUUCAUGGCACAGUCGUGUGGACUCUAGCUUAAGUCUUUUCAGAUGGUCUCGGCACUCGUUAAAAUAUUUGGCAGGGGCUUGCUUAAAACAAUACUCGAAACAGAGGCUCUUAAACCAAAGCAUCUGAGGUAAGUGGCUCACAGAACAUCUGCAUCAGCGUAGUUUCCAAGACACCACGGUGCUGACUUCCUGGCCCAUUCCCCCUGCCUGGCAUGCUCUGAUCUCUAUGCUUUGCAGUCUCUCCAGCUCAAGUCUCUCUGUGCCAUAAUACCUUUCUUUUUCUAGAUGUGCACACUGGCCAAAUAAGCUCCUCGUGUCUUGAUUGACUGCCGAUUGAGAUUAUUUCCCGAUCUAGCCAGACAGCAUGGGCUUAUCUCUUAGCAUGGAUCCAUGGCAUGCCACGCCUUCCUCUCCCACCCACGUUUUGCAGUGCUUGCUAUGGCUUUUCCCUCUCCCCUAACACCUUCACUGCUGGACAAUCACUCCUUGUGUCAUAGAUGAACUGACCUGGUGCUGUCCCUGCUUGCCUUUCCUUGCCGCAGUCUGUAUGCUCUUUAAGUGAAUGUGUUUUAUUUUUUUCAGUAGGGAAAAGGACUUCCUUCUGCUGAAGGAAUUAUAUUUGCACAUGGCUCAGGGAGGUACCUCCUCUGGCCGUUUCUGUUACCUCACUCAUUUAGGCCAAUUCCAUUGCUAACAUUAAACAGCCACCUUCCCCAACCCAAACUCUGAGAAUAGUUAGGGAAUAAAACCAACGUGCAGCUCAGGUUCUAGAGCCAUUCGGUCGUGUCUCAGUUUCAGCCCAAUCUGCCCCAGCGGCAUUAGGAUUUGGGAGAGCGGCUGUUGCAAAACAGCAACUUUGUCCAGCAAAAAAGUGGAGCCUGCACCGCACACCUCUUGUUCCCCACCUUCGCAAACCCACCUCCCUUGUAAUAGCACUUAACAGAUACGGAAGCACUAACCUGGCUCUUGGCCUGAGGAGGUCGGGGGCAGGGGGAGGAGCAGCAGAACCAUUGCAGUGUUAGAGCCACCAGGACUGGCAUCGUGUGGCUGCGGCACCUCUGGGACGUUACCCUUCUCAGAGCAGUUCAUCUCCCACCACAUGCUCCAGGGCUGGAUAAAGCUGCUAAAAACCUGGAGCAUGUUCUCCCCACCUGAGGCCCUGGAUCCUGCAAACCCCCAUUGCUGUGCGUAACUGCAAAUUAAUGAGGAUCACCUCAUGUCAGCAAGGAAUGGGAGUGGGUCGUACAAUCACCCGUAGGCACGCGCUUCCCUUCUGGAUUUCACCCCGGAUCCCGGGAAGCAGGUGGCUGUUGGCCAAGGCUGCUGCGCCGGUAGCGCUAACAUGAACUCUAGGGUGGGGUGGGGGAGGAACCAUGGUUUUGUUUUAGGAGUUGUCUAACUGUCACAAACUUUGCGCUGUGCGCAAAAUGCGAUAAAACGAUAAUGAAACUUACCUGCUAGAACCUAGGAAUUGUAAAGGCUAUGCAGCCAAAACUUAAUGUAAAGUAGCUAGUACAAUGGAAGUACAGUAUAAAUUAAAAAAAAAAAAAUUAUCAAACA